AUGGAAAAUACCAAUCUUGGGCAGCUUGCCUUGUCUGACCUCUCCGACUACUCUGCUGGUUGUCAUCCCAGCUCUCUAGCCCAUCCAAUGAUGAUGCAGGGCCCAAACUGUGCGAUGCACAUCCGCGUCUUUACUUUGGCUUCUAAAGCCACUAUGCCAUCUCCAAUAAUGAAGCAAAUCCCCCUUGACAUUUUCUCUCGCGAGCUCUUGCAGCCGCAGUUUUUCAAUUGGGCCGACGAGUCAGAAGAACUCGAACUACUGGCCAAUAAUGUCCCCGACCCCGUUUACCACCCUGUCACCACCCCACCAGCUCAUUCUCUGCCCAUUAUCGAAGCGUCGCCAAAGGCUCCAACGGGAAGCUGCGAGUACCGAGUAACCGCAAUGAUCAACAGCGCUAUGCAACGGGUGGAUCCUGUCCUGGUUACCACUGACCAUGACACCGGGCAGCUGCUCCCAUCGUCUCGGGAAUCGUUGCACUGGUGGGCUGGGAUGGUUGCUGCUGCCGGAGCACCUCCCGGCCUGCCACGCAAGUUGUCCUGGGCGCGGUGCCCGUCAUCUCUGAGACACUCGGAGAUAGUUGAGUACCCUCAGCCACCGCCAUCGCCUUCGACUCCGCCAUCUCCGCCAACGCCUCCUGCUCCUCCUACCCCCAAAACGCCUGCAAUGACGGAUGCUUUGGGGACCUUCGUGAGAGCAAUAUCUCCUGCGAGAAGAGUUGGCUCAAAAGCAGUCUCCGUUGUGAGCAAAGCUGUUUGGGCCAUCAUCAGGCCCUGGAUGGGGCAUUUGCUGGUUUGGCCGUUCCUGGUUUGA